AUGGUCCUGGGGGAGGAUGUCUCAGAGGACUGUUUAACCCUCAACGUGUACCGGGCCUCCAACGUGUCCGCCUCCAAGGGACUACUUCCCGUGGCUGUGUACAUCCACAGCGGUCUCUUCAAGCAUGGAUCUGGCCGUGAUCCACGAUACAACAUGACGUCUCUGCUUCAGGUGGCUGUUCAGAAUGACUACGUUGAUGCCAGCACCCUCUCUGACGUCUUUAGCAGUGACAUCACCACGCUCAACCGCCCCAACCCUGUAGUGGACGGCGAUUUCCUUCAAGACCUAGGGUCGAAGGAGCUGAACGCCGGACACUUCGUCAAGGUGCCGCUGUUGCUCGGGACGACCCAGGACGAGGAAAUAAUCGCACAUCUCUACCCAGAUAACCCAGCCCUCGGCAUCCCCUCCACUCUAGACGGACGACCCGGUAACGACACCGGACUGGGCUACCAGUGGAAGCGCUCCAGCGCAUACAACGGAGACAAGAACAAGACGACAUCGCGUUCGUCUUCCACAAACGUCACGCUUUCCGAGUCACUCAGUCCUACCGACCAGGCCGAUCAGAAGAAGACGUUCGAGCCGUUGAGUUAUCUGAUGAGUAGUAUGUGGAUUAGCUUUUUUGAUACGAUGAGUCCGAAUAAUAUUCCGAUUAAUGGGACUAAGACGUGGCCGAAGUAUACACUGCAACAGCCGGAGGCGUUGGUGUUUGAUGUUAAUGCGACCCAGCUUUGUCGUGUUGAGAGGGAUGAUUAUCGGAGUGCUGCUAUUGCGUAUUGGAUGGAUUUGUUUACGGAUGAGUAUCCGAAGUGA